AUGACCAGAAACACUUCUACAAUCAGUGUUAAGGUGGUUGCUGCAGAGUCACUCUACAAAAGAGAUGUUUUUAGACAGCCAGACCCCUUUGCAGUCAUCACUGUUGAUGGAUCACAGACAAAGACUACAAAGACAGCGAAAAAGACAUUAAACCCAUAUUGGAAUGAAACCUUCAACUUCCAGGCAUUGGAAGACUCAAUACUCGUUAUCCAAGUAUUUGAUCAGAAAAAGUUUAAAAAGAAGGACCAAGGAUUCCUUGGUGUUGUCAAUAUCAGAAUUGGAGAUGUCAUCAACUUUGGCUUGAAUAGCUCAGAAGAAACCAUUACGAGGGAUUUAAAGAAACUGAUGGAAAAUGUAGCAAUUAGUGGGAAAAUAAUAGUAGUUAUAUCCCACAACAGUGGAAGUGGCAGUAACAGUGGAAAUGGAAAUGGACAUAGCUCUAGUAGAGCUGCUUCUUCAAGUACAGCAUCGCACAGUGCUAGUAAUGGCCGCAGAUCGCUUCCUCCUGCCUCUUCAACGACAACUUCCACCUCCUCGACUGUUGCGGUAGGAGGAGGAGGAGGAGGAGCAUCAACUGCAACAAAUGGUACCGCAUCAGCUACCGGUACAGGAACUUCUAAUGGCCAUGCUCAUGGCAGCGCACCAUCUGCUGCUGAUCCAGGCUCGACAGCAACUGCAGCAGCACAUAGACAAUAUUCGUCAUUUGAAGACCAGUAUGGUAGAUUACCUCCAGGAUGGGAAAGAAGAACUGAUAACUUUGGAAGAACUUAUUAUGUUGACCACAAUUCAAGAACCACUACGUGGCAAAGACCGGCAUUGGACCAAAGUGAAACUGAAAGAGGCCAACAGAGACAAGACACCACAGAGGCAGAGAGAAGACAGCAUCGUGGUAGAACAUUGCCCGGAGAACAACCAAGCACCCCAGGUGGAUCAUCUGUGACUAGCGGCAAUGUCACUGUGAAUGCUACAGGUGCUAAUAGUCCUGUUAACCCAGCAGCCGCUGUGUCAAUGGCAGCAUCGGGCGCAACUACUUCUGGUUUAGGUGAAUUGCCAUCAGGAUGGGAGCAACGAUUCACUAAUGAAGGAAGACCUUAUUUUGUUGACCACAAUACUAGAACCACGACAUGGGUUGAUCCAAGAAGACAGCAAUAUAUACGUACUUUUGGCCCCAACACCACGAUCCAGCAACAGCCAGUGAGUCAAUUGGGACCUUUACCUUCUGGUUGGGAAAUGAGAUUGACAAACACUGCAAGAGUUUAUUUCGUUGAUCAUAAUACGAAAACAACCACUUGGGACGAUCCUAGAUUGCCUUCUUCGUUGGACCAAAAUGUACCACAGUAUAAGCGUGAUUUUAGAAGGAAAGUUAUAUACUUCCGUUCACAACCUGCAUUGAGAAUCUUGCCUGGUCAAUGUCAUAUCAAGGUGAGAAGAGACCAUAUAUUUGAGGAUAGUUACCAAGAGAUUAUGAGACAAACACCAGAAGAUUUGAAGAAGAGACUCAUGAUCAAAUUCGAUGGUGAAGAAGGUUUGGAUUACGGUGGAGUUUCACGUGAAUUCUUUUUCCUUCUAUCCCACGAUAUGUUUAAUCCAUUUUAUUGUUUGUUUGAGUACAGUUCCCACGAUAACUAUACUUUACAAAUCAACCCCAACUCCGGUAUCAAUCCUGAGCAUUUGAACUACUUUAAAUUCAUUGGCCGUGUUGUUGGAUUGGGUGUUUUCCACAGACGUUUCCUUGAUGCAUUCUUUGUUGGUGCAUUGUACAAGAUGAUGCUACAUAAAAAACCAAUGCUUCAAGAUAUGGAAGGUGUGGAUGCAGAGUUUUACAGAUCUUUGAAGUGGAUUUUGGACAAUGACAUAACAGACAUUUUGGAUCUUACGUUUAGCACUGAAGAAGAGAAAUUUGGUGAAAGAGUGGAAGUUGACCUCAAACCUAAUGGUAAAGAUAUUGAAGUUACCGAGGAUAACAAGCAGGAGUAUGUCGAAUUGAUCACCGAGUGGAGAAUCAGUAAGCGUGUUGAAGAGCAGUUCCGUGCAUUCAUUGAUGGAUUCAAUGAACUCAUUCCACAGGACCUUGUGAAUGUUUUUGAUGAGCGAGAAUUGGAAUUGCUCAUUGGUGGUUUAGCCGAAAUUGAUGUUGAGGAUUGGAAGAAACAUACAGAUUAUAGAGGAUACCAAGAAUCAGACCAAGUAAUACAGUGGUUCUGGAAAUGUAUUAAUGAAUGGGACUCGGAACAAAAAGCCAGAUUAUUACAAUUCACCACUGGUACUUCGCGUAUACCAGUGAAUGGUUUCAAGGAUUUGCAAGGUAGUGAUGGUCCCAGAAGAUUCACAAUCGAAAAGGCAGGAGAGCCUAAUCAAUUGCCAAAGAGUCAUACAUGUUUCAAUAGAGUUGAUUUACCGCCAUAUGCUGACUAUGCAAGUUUAAAGCAAAAGUUGAGUUUGGCAGUCGAGGAAACUGUUGGAUUUGGACAAGAGUAA